AUGUCGAACAUCUUGACCGUCUUCGGCGCCACGGGCAUCCAGGGUGGCUCCGUCAUCCGAGCCGUUUUGGCCGACACGGAGCUGUCCAAGACCUUCAAGAUCCGCGCUGUCACUCGCGACGUGUCCUCAAACUCCGCUCAGGCUCUCAGCAAACAAGGCAUUGAAGUCGUCACUGCCGACAUGAGCUCCCCGGCCUCCUUGUCCAAGGCGCUCGAGGGAACUCACACAAUCUUCCUCGUCACACUCCCCGAUUUCGUCACCGGCGCAGCCCUGGGGACUGAGUUCGAGCACGGCAAGAACGUUGCCGACGCGGCCAAGGCAGCGGGCGUGCAGCACCUUGUCUUCUCGUCCCUCAUCAACGUCACUGAGGCGUCCAACGGCCGGCUGCCGCACGUUGCGCACUUCGACCGCAAGGCCGAGGUCGAGAACUACAUCCGGUCAUUGGGCACGCCGGCCACCUUCAUCCAGCCAGGCUACUACAUGACCAACUUCACCAACCUGCAACUCCUGCGGAAGGGCGAGGAUGGGUCGUACACCCUCGCAGGUCCCACGAGUCCCACCAAGGCCCAGCUGCCGCUAUUCUUCCCCGAUAGCGACACCGGCAAAUACUUUGUGGCGGUCGUCAAGAACCGCAGCAAGGUCCUGGGCAAGCAGAUCCAUGCCGCCGCCGACUACUACACCCCAACUCGCAUCAUGGUGGAGUUCCAGGAGGUGGCGGGCAAGAAGGGGCAGUACGUCCAGCUCGACCAGGAGGUGUACAAGAGCUUCCUGCCCCCGCCCAUUGCCCAGGAGAUUCUGGAGAACGAGCUUCUCUGCGAGGAGCCGGGCUUCUUUGCCGGCGGCUCGCUCGCCGAGGGCCACGAGUUGCUUGCUGAGGUUGGCCUGAAGCCGACGACGUGGAAGGACUUUCUGGAAAGCAAGAAGGAGCUUUUUGCUUAAGCGGGCGGACAACUGAGCUUCGAAUUCUCUGCUGGAAUGGGAAGCUAAAAUAGAAUGGAGGAUUAUCUUGAUGACGGGCAUGAUCAGUUUCCAAUAAUACAUCGAUAGACUUGGUGUUGCACUGUACCCUCACUUCAAGUUGUUCCAGACUAGCCGCCGCCUUCCUGACACGGUCGCUCGCCUGGAAAGUGUUUGUACUGAGAAAUACAAAGAAUUGGAC